AGAACAGUAAUUAUUUGCAGGUGAAUAUUCCUUGACGAAUAUAAUUGUUUGCAACUUUAAAAAAACAACAACCUUACAACCAACCACCUUCCUUGGUUACGUUCCGAUCUACACAUUCUUCUUCUCUUUUGCGCUUUACCUCUUCACUAGGACCUCAAGUAAGUUUAUUAUCUUGAUUCUACAGUCAGAACUUCUGAUGAUCUUCUGCUAAUCACGUGUUUAGCAUGGCGAAACGCAAGGCACCUGAAGAACUCUCCACUAAUUUGAAUACUAUCAAAGCUCGCAACCGCGUCUCCAACCUUACUGAAGAUGAGAAGGCUGUUCAUUUAGCACUCAAGGCUGACCAUGGCGAUCUGAGCUACUACUUAAAGAAGUUAUACAAGUCUGCAAAGUAUAUCGCUGCCUCUGCUGAAGACAAGACACGUCUACAGAAUGAAUUGAAGGUUGAGCGUAUUCGUGUUCGGACUGAAAAGGGCACCCAUGCAUCUUGCAUUGCGAAUCAGAAAGUCAAGAAUACUAGCGCCCCUUCUUCUUCUCCACAAGCCCCACCAUCUACUCCGCCACAACUUCUGUCUGAGCUUGCUGCAUUUGAGGGUAUCACCAGUAUCCCAAUCGAUGACGAUCAUAACAGCGAAUGGGAGGAUACUGAGGUUGAAGACGAUUUAGAGUUGGAGCUUAUGUUACGGCGCGACGAUAUUUUAAAUGACGAGGCUGUUCUACCAGAUGAGCUUUCUGAUGAAGAGAUCGCUAGCAUCCAGGCUCUCUUAACUCAAGCACGCAUUGAUGCCCAUGAAGAGUCCAAUUUCCGCAAGUGGCAACAUUUCUGGGAUAGCUGUAUCCGCUCAUAUACGAGAAAGGCUGGAAAGCUGAGAAAGAAGCCUGAGCAUCUCUUUGAAUAUAUGCCAUGGAUUGAUGUAGAAGAAGGCACUUUUCACAACGUUAUCCCACCACAUAAAUAUUUCUGUUUGUACGAGCAGGCAGUUUGGACAAACUUUACAGCUUGGAAGUUUGGAAAGUGGGCCCAAUUACCAGGACCUGCGCAGUGGUACCCAAAGUCUUACAAUCUUGUCGACAACGGAUGGUUACAAGUCUCCACUCAUAGUUCUAGCUUCAAAGAGGCGUUCUUACUUGUCUACUCUAAGAAAUUUGAUAAGGAAAAGUGGGCUAAGGUAUCAGCUGCACAGGAUAUGUUGUUUCUGGAGUUAGAGUAGAGGAGAGAAAUGGAGUAUUUGAUUUUCCGACGCGAAUAGGGGCUAUAGAGAUUUAAGUAUUUCAUCGUAGCCAGACUUCUGGUAAUCUUCUGAUAAUCAAACAAUUUGCUACUUGCCAAAUGUCAUCGCAAUAUUCAGAGUUGUUUGACUCUGACAAUCCUAUUUCUAAUAUAUUCUCAGACUCUCUUCCCUCUUCUCAACGACUACCUUCAUUAAAUCAAAUCCCUGCGGGCCUCGAAUAUACUGGCAAAUUAAACCAAUUCAUCAAAUGGACUAAGGAUACACACGAUGUAUUCAUUGAGUGGUGGAAGCUAUCACGAUGGUAUGAACAACACUCAGAUCAUACUACAAAACUCCUUACGAAGAUUGCAUGGGAUUCAACCAACCGGAGUUCUCAAUACUGGAGAAUUUAUCACCAAGGAGCAGACCGGCUUUCUGGAGAACCAUGUGUCAUUUGUACCUAUUGUUCGAAGGCUCUUACGCAUCCUGCAAUCAAGUCUGCUGGCCCAAAGUCUAUGGCAACACAUCUUGCAUCAGACAUUUGCAAAAAGAAGUCACGGAUGGGUAAGGAUAGUCUCUAUCAAAUGCGAAUCAAUCAGAUGCGACCUCAACAGGAUCAUAUUCUCACACAAGAGGCAUUUUACGAAC